UCUCCUUUCGUCUCCCUCUCCCUUACAGGGGAAUUCCCUCUCUGUUUCUCGAGAACCACGUGAUUCACACAAGUCGCUCCUCCUCUGGUUGCAUUUAGAAGUGCGCUGCGCAUUCAACCAGCCUAGUGACAGCAGUGGACGGUGCAGAGCAGUCCUCAAGUGGCCACCGAUCUUACUGGGCAACACGGAACCAAGACGAUAACUUUAACUUUAAGAAGUAGGCACAGCGCGUACUUUAGGCGUUUUUAAUUUUUUGUAUAGCCUAUUGAAGUCGUGUGAAGAUCAGAGUGGAGUAGGUGGGGAGGAGUUGAAGUACGUACAAGAAGGUACAUCGUUAAUAGUUAAAAUCAAUUGUCUAAUAGUUCAUAUAAUAGGCCAAAUAGUUCAUUGAACACCGUCCACGGUGUGUGGGCUGGGGAACACCAGCCCACGCUGUUUGGCCCAGGCUGUUCGGACUCGCAGAGAACGCAAAGUGCGCGUUCAAUGCCCAUUGGAUUCAUCACAAAGCAAGGAUGGCUCAGUGGCAGGAGCUGAAGAACCUUGACUCGGAGCAUCAGAACCAGGUCAUCCAGGUGUAUGUCCACCAACAAUUCCCCUUGGAAUUCCGAGGCAUUGCGAGCGCCUGGAUCGAGGCCCAAGAUUGGAAAUCGGUGGCAGAGGAUGAGGGACUUGCCAGGGCUCGUUAUGAUGAGUUGCUGGACAUGGUUGAGGAACACUACAGCCGUCUUGUGCAACAGAACAACAUUUUAGGCGGACCCAACUAUUUACAACUAGUAAACGAUGCGAGGGCCCGCUUCCAGGCGAACCCAGUGUACAUGGCAAGGAUCAUCUCUCGAUGUCUGUCAGAGGAGCGGAAGAUCAUUACAUCAACUAGGGCGAAUCUCCAGGAAUGCCAGAUAGAGCUGGACGACUCCAUCAUUGAACUACAGAAGAAAAUUCAGAUGGCUGAUUUGAAAAUCAAGUCAAUCGACGAGCAGUUAGGAAAGCAUGACUCCUUCUUGAAAGAGUGGCAAGACGAAGUGGAGCAGCUGAACGGAUCACCAGUCUCCCUGCAACUUCAGAUGAGAAAGAUUGACCUAGACCGAAUGCUCGAAGCUCUGAAUCAAGCCAGACUGGACGUGUGUAACCUGAUCGGGAACACGCUGAAGCUGGCAGAGCAGGUGGUGUCCAGGGUGGUGGAUGAGGAGCUGAGGAGCUGGAAGCUCAGACAGCAGCAGGCCUGCAUCGGAGCUCCAAUCGACACCAGUCUGCACAAGCUGCAGAACUGGUUCAUGGCGGCCGCAUUAGCUCUGGACAAGCAGCUCCAACAGCUGAGGAAGCUGCCGGAACUGGACCUACAGUUUCCACCCAGUGACCUCCUGUCUCUGAGGACCCAGUGUGAGCAGACCGCACAUUGCCUGUUCAUAAAGCUCCUGAAAAAUGCUCUGGUGGUGGAGAAACAGCCCAACUCUGCUCAGAGACCUCUGAUCCUCAAGACUAACGUGCGCUUCUCAGUCAAAACAAGGUUCCUGGUGAAUCACUCCUCAUUUAAUUGGAUGCCUAAAGUUACUCUGAUUUUCGACAAGGAUUUUGAUGAAAUUGGAGCGGUCAACGGUUUCCGGAAGUUCAACUUCAACCCGAAGGGAGUGAGUAAGACGAUGGAUGCUGAUGAGAGGACGGGCUUGGUGGCACAGUUUGAGCGCCUGGUACUUGUGGAAGAAAAAUAUAAAAGCAAGCGACAAACUGAAAGUCUCCUGGCCGUGACCGAGGAGCUGCACUCUAUCACGUGUGUGAUGGAACUCAAGCUGCCAGGCCUGACGUUGGACGUAGAGACCAGCACGCUGCCCCUGGUGGUCAUCUCCAGUACCGCCCAGGGCCACGGGGCCUGGGCGUCCAUCCUGUGGAGCGCUAUGGCGGCGGACCUCCAGCCAAAGAAUCUGUUGUUCCUGACCCCGCCCACUGUAACCUGGCCACAACUUUCAGAGGUGCUAAGCUGGCAGUUCCAGGCUAUGAGUGAACGGGGCCUUGAUGAGCAGCAGCUAGCCAUGCUGAAGGACAAGUUUGUGGAUGAGACCGAUGGCCUUGUCAGCUGGAACAAGUUCUACAAGUGUGACGCCACCUGGGUUUGGAUCGAGGGCAUUCUGAGCCUGAUUAAAAAUCACUUGUUGUCGAUUUGGCGUGACGGGCACAUCAUGGGCUUCAUCAGUAGGGACUCGGCCAUCGUGCUGCUGAAGGACAAGCCCCACGGAACCUUCCUGCUGCGCUUCAGCGAGACCAAGGAGGGAGCCAUCACCUUCAGCUGGGUGGACCACUCCACGGGCGCGGCCCGCGUUCACGCCGUGGAGCCCUACAAAAAGGAGCUGUCGAUCAGCAACCUGGCCGACAUCCUCCGACACUACCGUCUCACAGACCCCAGCAGCAGGAGUGUGAACCCUCUGCUCUACCUGUACCCAGACACCCCAAGGGACGAGGCCUUCGGGACGUACUACACCAAACCAGCAGAAAACACUGAUGGCUAUGUGCUGAGGAAUUCCGGACAUUGGUCAGUGCACCCUACUCCCCCUCCUUCACCUGAGGAGAACCGCAGCAUGGAGUCCAGCCUGAACAACAUGGACUCCGGCAUGAACAACAUGGACACAAGCCUCAGCAACAUGGACCCCAGCAUCAACACGAUGGACCCCAACAUCAACAUCAACAGCAUCAUCGGAAACAUGGACUUCGACACUACGAUGGAGCUGUUCCCUGAGUUGUCUGACAUGGGUGGACCACUGCAUGGAUUCCGGCUUGACUAUUGAGCUGCUAUCAGACGUGGACUGGACCGACCAGGGCAACCUGUCUCCGUGGUGAUGACCUCAUCCCCUGUCGACCGUUUGAUCGGGUUUCUCGAUUGGUAUUCUCAACUGUAUUGGACAACUGUUCCACACUGUAACGUUUUCGAAGAGAACAAUUUUUAAUGAGCUACUGACCAAAAAUCAUCCGACAUAAAUCAAUCAUCAUAGCGCAUUCCUCAGCUGACCUAGGGAUCUCCCAUUUUGAAUUCAUUCAACAGAAAAGUAUUUUGUGCUUUAACAUGUUCUGCAUCUAUUCUUUGAAUGCAGCCAUUACCACUAGUGAUCAACACACACCUCUAUGGGUCGCUGUGCGUCCGUAAAAAACUGCCUUGGAGGAAGAACAACUUUUUUGGGGUUAACCAUUUAAUUCUAUCAAAUAUACCACGUUCUCUUAAAUAUUUGUUUGAAAUGUUGCCAUUUUAAGGGCUGUGCAUUUUUAAGGCUCUUAGAAACGUUUAACGUAGGCAUCCGAGCCCAUAUGCACUGCAGUACUCUUAUGUGCUAUUUUCUUCCUUUGCCGUCAGUGAAUAUUAAUGUGCGGAAAGAUUGAAAUAGGAAGUGACUGCUGUGGUACUCCAUAUCAUAAUCAUAUCAUCUCCUGGUCGCUUCGUUAUAUCGUAGGUGAAGCUUUACAUUGUUCUCUGGUUUGAUCGAUUUCUGUGUAUUUUAACUUCGAGACAGAAAAAAAAAACAAUGAAGGUGCAAUUUAGUUUUUGUUUAUUAAAAUAAACGUUGAAUAUAUGUUCCAAAAGCAAAUGACAUCUGUACUGUACACUCUUUUCAGGAACUAAAAACAAAGAAUACUGUACAUCUAACAUUCUGAUAUUUCCGUCUCUUAUUCAGUUUGUUAUUGUUUAAUCAUCCAAAAAUGUCACAAGCCAAUUAUCAACGAUACAAAACAUUACCAUAAAACAGACAAACAAUUAAUUUAAAGCUACAAGUUCAAAAUAACAUUCAGAUGCAUCUUUAACGCCAUCGAUUAUAUUAACCUCCGAAGAAGUACAUUUUAAAGGUAUGGCUGCACAAUAUCAACUAUAAAUUUUGCCUUUAAACAGAAUGCAAUUAAUGCAUUUAAUAAGCUUCAAUGUAAGAUAUUCUGUAAUACAGGAUUCACAAUUAACACAAUGUAUUUGUUUUUAAAGUUGACCUUAACAAUUUUGCCCCCAUCAUUUCACUCAAGCCCAGACAUAACAAAAGCUAGUUACAAAUGUAACAUAGUUAUGCACGUUCAUCUAGUAAACACACACACACCAUUUGAUGCACAGCAGUGAUAGAGGCCUUGUAUUGCCAUAUUGCUAGUUGUGAUCAGAAUCACAUCUGCAGCGUAAUGUUGUCCAUGUAGCCCUUUUUGUUGCACUUGACUUACUAAUUAGGCUCCUGAUUCCAGAAUUCAGGAAAGACCGUUUCUUACUGAUCAAAAUGUGGACGUCAAACCACGCCAGCUAAUUGGUUCUCAUUCUUAUCAAUAAUUUCCGAGUUGUGUUUGGUUCGAGGAAGGUAGCACGGACAAACCAAAGCCGAAAAUGGCAUCUUUAAAAGUGUUUACAUUCAGUGAAAGGAAUCAGUUGCAUUUGUCAAAUUUAUUGAUAAAUAAAUAUUCAGGGGUUGUUUAUUGUAUUGCUGUAUUACAGGAGAGUAAAUUAAACUGAUUCUAAAAGUGCUUGUCCUCAUUUUCUAGUACUGCUGUUUAACAAAUGUCAUUCUUUUCUAAGGUAUAUGCCUCAGCUGUGUCUGUUUCAGAGCAUAACAAAAAGGCACACCCUUAAAUGACUAAAACACCUGGAAUGUUAGAUCUACGCACUAGCAGACAAGUUUAUAUCCGGGAUUGGUGUUUGCCAUCCCUGGGGGAAUCUCAUUGAACAGAUUAAGUAAUAUGUGUACUUCAAAGAUUUUUUAUUUUUUUUAUCAAGCGUCGGUCCAAAUUUUAAAUGAGUUAAAUACAGUCAUUUAAUUCUAGUUCAAGAUUUGAUGACGACUUGAGCAGCUUACACAAGGGAUUUUCCCUUAUAAGAGAAACCGACUUCAUCUGGUUGAAUCACGGUUACCUUGCACAUCUAAAAAAGCAGUGGAGUGCCUGUAUUGCACGACAGAGUGUACGUGAACGGGCAGUAUAUGAUACGAAACAUCAGACUGCCGAUAUACGGGUGUGACAAAGCUACUGUUUAGUUGACCCACUCUAGAACCGAAUUUGGAAGAGGACACCGAUCUACAUCCUGAUAGUUCAGUGGUUCAAUAACAAUAAAUAUGUACUAAUCUUAUAUAGUUUCAUAAUAGUGUACGAUUACUUUCCAAUAGUAUUGGUGCAUUUCCUUCACACAUAAAAAAACGUGGAGUUAAAGGUCACAUCUGAAGCAGAACACAUCCAGGAAAACUAUAACAUUACUGAAAGAGAACUCAUGACAAACUACAAUGUAUAUUCUAUAAUUGCCUCUAUUUUUACCCAGUUAAACCCUGUCAAACGAAAAACGACCAACAACGAACAUUCGUCUUCUCUGAGAGAGAUGGACCGUUGUUGUGAAUACAGACCCACUCCAAAUAACCCAGCACUCAUUUGGUCCAUUUUACUGCGAUAUCUCUCGGCGCUACAGCGCCGCCACCUCUUGGCCCGGGGGUGGUACUACAACAGACCGUCUAGGUUUUUCUCCGCACUCUCCUUGGCGUUUGUGUCUGAUGCGAUUGGAUUGUAUUUCUCGUGGAAGUC